AUGAGUUUAGAUUCAGAUUUUGGGUGUCACAUCAUUCCCAAUACUAUUCCUGUUAAGUGGUCUCCGCCUUCUGUAAAUGCCAUCCUCAUCAAUACUGAUGCUUCUUGGCAGAAGGAUACCCUUAUGUGUGGAGUGGCAGCUUUGGCUAGAAACUGGAAAGGUUCUUUGAUUGCGGGUAAAACGGCAAAAAUGCGCGCUCCUUCCCCUUUGGCAGCAGAAGCAUUAGCUGUUCGGGAAGCAAUUCUUCUGGCAAAGUCCUUUCCUCAUAUGGAUAUCAUUAUCUCUUCAGAUUCUCAAACUUUGAUCAACUCCAUCUCCCACAAUCUCCCUGCCUCUGAUUGGAAAGCUGCAACCAUUAUUUCUCAAGUCCGGUACCUCUCUUCAACCCGGCAAUUUAACUGGUCUUGGAUCAGUAGAAAGGCUAAUAAAGCAGCUCAUCAUGUUGCUUCAUUAGUUAACAGUGGGAAGUGUCCUUCCAACGGGGUUCGUCACCCUCCCUCCUCUUUACUUGAAAUUUUGUUGUAUGAGGGGCUUCUAGGUCCACCUCUAGUUUAG